UCAUCUGGAAUAAAAUUACCUGUGAGUCAGUAAUACAUGCCAUGGGGCAGUUCAAAUCCAAACGUGGUGGGUUGGACCCGGGCGUUGUCCCCAAUGUCCACAUCUCAACCAAUGAUGAAGGACCUCCCAGGUACUCUUCACAUGGUAUUCCUUCAACCAUCAUCAUCUCGGAUGUCGAGUCAAGUGCAUUAGAAGGUGGCUCGAAGGCGGAGCUACAGAGAUUUUCCAUCUACAGCACGUUAGACAAGGUGCCACAACAGGGGCAUUAUGCCAACACACUGCCGCAAAAGCAGCUGAGGGCCCGACCAUCUCUUGAGGCUCUCCGCAGGGCAUUUAAGGAGGCGGAGGCGGGAGUAGAGGUCCCCACCACAGACUCAGGAGUUAGCAGUCUCCCAGACAGUGGAACUGAAGAGUCAAAAGCUCCACCAAAGAAUGCUCCUGUUAGAUUUGGCUGGAUUCUUGGAGUCCUGAUACGUACCAUGCUGAAUAUUUGGGGAGUCAUCCUGUUUCUCCGCCUAACGUUGAUCACUUCUCAGGCAGGCAUUGUGUUGACCUGGGUUAUUAUCCUGAUAUCUGUUGCGAUUACCACAGUAACUGGCAUCUCCAUCUCUGCCAUCGCCACCAACGGGAAGGUGCUCGCAGGUGGGCCGUAUUUCCUGGUCUCCCGCUCUCUGGGUCCUGAAAUUGGUGCCCCAAUUGGGUUGAUCCUUUCCUUCGCCAAUGCUCAGGCCUCUGCGCUCAAUGCCGUUGGCUUUGGAGAGGUGGUCGUGACUCUGAUGCAGGAUUCUGGUGUUGUCAUUGUCGAUUACUUGAAUAACGUCCGUCUUGUGGGCGUGCUCACAAUAGUGGUUCUUCUGCUCAUCUCAUUGGCUGGAAUGGAGUGGGAGACCAAGGCCCAGGUUGUAUUCUUUGUAUGUCUCAUGUCCUCGUUUAUCAGCUACAUCGUGGGAACCCUCAUUCCGCCCACUCAAGAGAAACAGGCCCAAGGCAUCUUUGGAUACAACAGUGAGAUCUUUAUAGCAAACCUGGCACCAAAUUGGAGUGGACCUGAUGGCAACUUUUUCCAGAUGUUUGGCCUUUUCUUCCCCGCUGUCUCUGGCAUCCUGUAUGGAGUCAGCAUCUGUGGAGACCUCAAAGACCCUAAUAUUGCUGUCCCCAAAGGCACCUUGCAUGCCAUUUUCUGGACUACACUCUCCUAUCUAGUUAUUUCUAUAACUUCUGCAUCGUGUGUGGUGCAGAACGCCUCUGGUAAUAUAAGUGACUUUAUGACUGGAAAUACCACUGGUGUCUGUCUGGGUCAAGGAUGUCAGUUCGGCUGGAACUUCACAGAAUGCAUCGUGUCACAGUCUUGUCAACAUGGCAUGGCCAACACUCAAAAGGUAAUGGGCCAACUAUCAGGUUGGUACUACCUCAUCAUUAUUGGUGCCUUUGCAGCCACCUUGUCGUCUGCUCUUGGCUACCUCGUCUCUGCUCCUAAAAUCUUUCAGUGUUUGUGCAGAGACAAUAUAUACCCAUACAUUGGAAUCUUUGCCAAGGGCUAUGGGAAAAAUGAUGAGCCACUCCGGGCCUAUGGGCUCUCCUUCAUCAUUGCUGUGGCCUUCACUCUCAUUGGUAGCCUGGACACCAUUGCAAUCUUGAACUCGAGCUUAUUCAUGUGUGUCUACACCCUCAUCAACUUUAGUUGCUUUCACGCUUCAUUCACAAACGCUCCAGGUUGGAGGCCGCAGUUUAUUUACUACAAUAAAUGGGUAUCUUUUGUUGGAGCAUUGGUCUCUUUCAUACUGAUGUUCCUACUUAGCUGGUGGGCUGGUCUCAUCACUUUGAUCGUCUACAUCCUCCUGUAUCUAUACAUCUACUACAAAAAGCCAAAUGUGAACUGGGGUUCAUCAAUCCAGGCAGGUUCAUACAACAUGGCUUUGUCAGCCUCUGUCGCUCUAUCUGGUGUAGAGGAUCAUGUCAAAAAUUUUAGACCGCAAUGUCUGGUCCUAACUGGGCCACCAACUCAGCGACCAGCCCUGGUGGACUUUGUUGACUCCUUUACCAAACAUGCAAGCCUCAUGAUCUGUGGCGACAUAAUCAUGGACAGACAGACUCAGCCACAGGAGGCCACAGAUCGAUUGGUAAAGUGGAUGAACAAGAGGAAGGUGCGCUCCUUUUAUUCUCCUUUCACGGCUGACAGCCUCAGAGUUGGAGCUCGACACUUGCUACAGGCUUCUGGUAUAGGCAAGCUGAAGCCCAACACUCUGGUCCUGGGCUUCAAGUCAAACUGGAGAGAAAGUUCUCCUGAAAGCAUUGAAGAUUAUGUCAACACCAUAAACGAUACCUUCGACUACAAAUACGGUCUAUGUAUCUUGAGGAUGAUGGAAGGAUUGGAUACCUCUGACCAGUUUGAUUUUGAAGUGAACCAGGGUUUUGAGCCUGAUGAAUCUGCUGAAAAAGUGGACCAGCAAUCUUCUGAGGGUGAACCCGCUCCAACUGAUAAUAUGACCAAUGAAGGCGAUAGUGGUGAGAUGGAGACAGUGUUUCAGGAUGACCAGGGGAAGAAGACCAUUGACAUCUACUGGAUAGCAGAUGAUGGAGGUCUGACUCUGCUGGUGCCUUACCUGCUCACCAGGAGGAAACGCUGGAGCCGCUGUAAGGUCAGAGUCUUCAUCGUAGGAGAGGAACAAAACAUGGAGGAAAGCCGCAACGAGAUGCUUGCUCUUCUGAAACGGUUUCGUUUGGAUUUUAACAACGUUACAGUCAUGACGGACUGCGAGAAGCGUCCACAGGCCAAGUACCUUGAUAGGUUUGUGGACAGUGUCGCCCCGUUCAGGCUAUAUGAUGAACCGCAGGAAGGUGUCUCAGUCUCUCAAAACGCUCCAUGGAAAAUAUCAGACAGAGAGUUUGAGGCCUUCAAACUUAAGUCUGAGGCAAAAGUGAGACUGAAUGAAAUCAUCCGGAGGAAUUCAAAACGGGCUGCUCUUGUGGUUGUGAGCCUUCCUGUGCCACACAGCGACUGCACUAGUGCUCUGUACAUGGCCUGGCUGGAUACUCUGACCUGUGGCCUCCACUGCCCUGUGGUGCUGAUACGAGGAAACCAGGAGGAUGUGCUCACUUUCUACUGCCAGUGAAU